CCCGCUCGAGUUACCAUACACCAGGCUUAUUGUUUGUUGAGAGAGCUCGACUUGCACGCAGAAAAAUUAUGGCUGAGAACAUGUUUCUGUACUGGGGGUCGGGGAGCAUCCCCUGCUGGAAGCCCAUGAUCGUUCUGGAGGAGAAGGGAUUCGGGGGAUACAAGAACAAGUUGAUUACGUUCAGCAAAAAAGAGCAUAAAGGGGAGGAUGUCAUGAAGCUCAACCCCCGGGGACAGGUGCCAACAUUCAAAGAUGGUGACAUAGUGGUGAAUGAAUCCAAUGCCAUAUGUGAUUACUUAGAGAGUACUUACAAAGACAAAGGUACAAAGCUCAUACCUGAUGACAAAGCCAAAAGAGCAAAGGUUCUUCAGCGCAUGCAUGAGGCGAACAGUAACAUCCAGCAGAAGCUGUUGGUGGAUGUAAUUUACUACAUGUGGCAAACAAAGGAAGAAGACCGAAAAGAGGAAGAUGUAAAAAAGAAGAUGGAUGCAUUGAAAGAGGAGUUGAAUCGUUGGGAGGGAUACCUAGGGGAGACAAAAGCAUUUUUGGCAGGCCCAGAGUUCAGCAUGGCUGAUGUCUACUUUUACCCCUACAUUGCCUUUGCUGUUCGUAUGGGUCUGGAGCUAGAGAAACUUCCAAACCUGAAGGCGUAUUUUGACAAAUUGUCAGCUCGUCCCAGCCUCCAGGCCACUCAACCCCCUCACUGGAAGGAGGAGGAGCCCAAAAAUACCCCACUGAAAGGGGUUCUGUGAACAAAACUCUCCUUUCAGUGUACAAUAUAAGUAUUACUUAUUUUGUUGAACAGAGCAGUUUUCAUUGCCAUUGUGUGUGCCAUAUUUAUGACAUAAUCUUUAUUAACAAUUUGUUUUUGUGUUACCAGUAAACAAUUUUGAAUGAUUAAUAAUGUACUUAUCAGUAUACAUGUAUAAUGAUUAAAAAUAAAUUUUUGCACUCUU